GGACUGAAUAGGGGUUUUGCACAAACCGUCUGUCUGUUUGUGCAUUUUCAUACAGUGAACUUCUUGUGUGUUUUGAGAAAGUCGUAGACACUCAGUGGAGUGCUGACAUGUCCAGUGUGUAAGGGCUGAAUGACUGUGGCCGUGUUGUCUUCAUUUCUUGAGCUCAUGAGUUCCUUUCUUUGGCUCUGCCAGGACACUCAGUCACAACACAUAACAGCCUAUUUCAUGUGUUUUCAUUGAUUUCUAGGAUAUAUUGGGCCAGGCAGUGCUGGACUACAGGCAACAGAAGAAGGGAACCAAUUCCUGAACAAAUAGUCAUGAUUGAAGCAGAGAGGUUGAUCCUCAUUGGCUGCCUGCUGCAAGGUGCCCUGGCAGGAAAGUCUGAAGUCUGGAUGCCUCAGAGUAUAGAAGCUCUGAGUGGAUCCUGUGUGCUGAUUCCCUGCAGAUUUGAUAUAAAAUCUAAUCAUAAGAACCAUCUGAAAGCUGCGGCUAAAGGACUGUGGAGAAAAAAUGACCCCGACGGUAGAACCGUGUUUGAUUCCAGCAGAACUGGGACAGCAACUAAACAGAAUGAAAUUAAAGGAAGAUUAAUUGGGAUACUGGAGGAGAAGAAUUGCACCACAAUCCUGGAUCACUUCACUACAUCUUCCAGUAAUGAUUAUUUCUUCAGAGUGGAAGGCUCAAAUGGAUUCAAGUUCACUUUUUCUAAAGGUGUCACAAUUAAUGCACAAGACUAUCCACUCAAACCCAAGUUAACCCCAGAGAGGGUGGAGGUGAUGGAGGGGGCCUCCGUGAGUUUGAGCUGCUCUGCUGCAGCCCCCUGUCCCGAAUUCCCCCCAAAUCUGACAUGGACCCCCAGGCUGAGUGACAGUGUGAAUCAACUGCAAGAGAAUGAGGAUCAAACCAAAUCACUGUCUUCAGAUCUGACAUUCACUGCUUCCCACCUCCACCAUGGGCAGAAGAUCACCUGCAGGGCACUUUACACACUGAAACAAGGAGACACUCAGAAGACAUCUGAGGCCAAUCUGACUCUCAGUGUUCUGUAUCCUCCUAAGAACACCUCAGUGUCAGUCAGUCCCUCUGGUUCAGUGUUAGAGGGCAGCUCUGUGACUCUGACCUGCAGCAGUAAUGCCAACCCAGCAGUGCAGAACUACACCUGGUAUAAAGUGAAUGGGACAGAGAUGAACACUGUAGGAACUGGACAAAAUCUCACCUUCAAUGUGACUGAGUCCAGUGGCAGUGAACAGUACUACUGUGAAGCACAGAAUGAACAUGGCAAGGACAACUCAGCAAAUGUCCAACUAAACGUGAUAUACAUGCUUCAGAUCUCUGGCUCUGGGAGCUGCAGCAGAACUGCAGCAGAGAUCAGCUGCUCCUGUGAGAGCCGUGGGAAUCCCUCUCCCAGCAUGGAGUGGCAUGUGUCUGGACUGCGGGUCAUUAACUCUACUGAGAGAGUCAUCAGAGAGGAGCAGCUGGGGAACACAGGCCUGAGGAGCUCCCUCACCAUACUCCAAUCAGAGGGAGACACGCCCACUCUCCUCUGCGUCAGCACCAACAGUCUCGGCUCCGCCAGCCUCCAGCUCCACCUCCCGUCUCCACAGCAACACUCGAGUUUCGGCAUUUCUUCACUGCUGAUUGGUGCAGCUGCCGGUGCUGGUGCCAUGAUGAUGAUAUGCCUCAUAAUGCAGCACAUUCUAAAGAAGAAGAGACACAGCCAGCGCUCUGGAAGUAGAAUGAAGGACAGCGAAGGGCUCAUACUGACAGAUGGGGCGGCCGCUCAAGAUGAGGAAUCGAUCUACGUCAACAAGACCAUGCUGUCGGGCGCGGGUGCGGUGGAAAAGGGGGACGAGGGCGCCCUGCACUAUGCCACCGUGGAUUUCUCCAAUCUUCCCGGCACGGGUGGGGAACACGGAACGGGCAUCAUUCGGGGCACUUCCAAACGGACGUCCGACUACGCCAUGAUCCAACACAAAUCCAGGGAAGAGAGAGAAGGAGGAGAGGAAGAAGGUGAGGAGGCAGAGGAGGAGAUGAGGAAGGAGGGCCAAGAUGAGCUGGGCACAGAGAGGGAGUGGGCCGAGGCGAGGGGCGAGAAGGAGGAGGAGUCUCGGCCGAAUCUGAGCCCACAGGCCUUCGUCAACCCUGAGCCCACGGAGGAGGCCACCUACGGGAACAUCUGCCCCUCCAGGCCCACUAAGAGGGCACAGCAGGAACUGCAGCAGCCGCCCGGGAACCCUGCUGCAGAGGAGGAGCAGGAGGAGCAGCGCCAGGAGGAGAACUCAGCAGGAGGCCAGGAGGACAUUUACGUGGAUGUUAUGAGCUCCCUGACGGAGGGUAACGGAAAGGGAACGGAGGAGAGUGAGUACGCCGAGGUCAGGAAUCUCCAACAGCAUUAAGAUGCCACAGAUAUAGCCCAAAUCACACCACGCUACAGGCAUUAUGAGAGUGUACAGCAUGCUACAUAACGCGUUAUGCUACAUUACAAAACGGUCCCAAACUGAAGCACAGUAUCUGUCUCAUACAAUCUGGUGCAGUAGUGAAGAGCCACAAACAGGGUGAAAAAGUCAAAUCUGCAAAGUGCAAAAAGGUCGAUAAAUAUGGUCAGAAAAACACUGAAACAAUUCUAACACACACAUUAUUUGAAUUUGGUGAACUCAGCCUGACAUGGCAUUAAUGACAAAGUAAGUACCUUUAGUCCUGGAUGCUGUUAAAAUGUUACUUGAAAACAUUUUGAAUCCCCUCUGAAUCUAAAAAUUGUACUUUGAAUCUGUCGUGUCUGAUUUAGUCUGUAUGAACCCUGUGUAAAUAUCCAUAGCUAAGCCUAUCCUUUAAUAUUCUUCUUUACACUUCUUCUUUGCAAGUCCUUGAGUGUUGUAUAUCUAUUUCUCAUGUAUUGCAAUGAGACGGUUAUUUUGUUUAUUGUCUUGAAUUAAAAGUAAUAAAAGGUUUUCCCAGGUU